CCCGCGCCUCUGAAACCGGCCGCCGCUCGCCCGACCUUCUGCGCCGGCCGCGCACCUCCCGCCCAGCAGGGGCCUCAGCGCCCCUCAGUCCCCGCGACCCCGCGCGCUCGCUUAGGGGCGGGGGACUCCGGGGUCCCCUGCCCCACGCCGCCUGCCCCCUUCCUUCUCGGGCAGCCCCCUGCCCCAGCCUCUCCCCCACCUCGCCGCCGCCUCGCCCCCCCCCAUAUCGUCAAGCUCCAGCGGCUGCGUGGGGGUGCUUCCCGGAACGGCAGGAUGUACCCCCAAGGAAGGCACCCGACCCCGCUUCAGUCCGGUCAGCCCUUCAAGUUCUCAAUCUUAGAGAUCUGCGACCGCAUCAAAGAGGAAUUCCAGUUUCUUCAGGCUCAGUACCACAGCCUCAAGCUGGAAUGUGAGAAGCUGGCCAGUGAGAAGACGGAAAUGCAGCGACAUUAUGUCAUGUACUAUGAAAUGUCCUACGGGCUCAACAUUGAAAUGCAUAAGCAGGCCGAGAUUGUGAAGCGCCUCAGUGGAAUCUGUGCUCAGAUUAUCCCCUUCCUGACUCAGGAGCAUCAACAACAGGUGCUGCAGGCCGUGGAGCGGGCCAAGCAGGUGACCGUGGGGGAGCUGAACAGUCUCAUCGGGCAGCAGCAGCUCCAGCCGCUGUCCCACCAUGCCCCCCCUGUGCCCCUCACCCCUCGCCCAGCUGGGCUGGUGGGCGGCAGUGCCACUGGGCUGCUGGCCCUGUCGGGAGCUCUGGCCGCCCAGGCUCAGCUGGCCGCGGUCGCCAAGGAGGACCGGACAGGCGUGGAGGCCGAGGGGUCCAGAGUGGAGAGAGCGCUGAGCAGGAGCGUGUCCCCUUCGCCCCCGGAGAGUGUGGUGGAAGAGGAGAGACCCAGCGGCCUGGGUGGCAAUGGGAAGCAGAGAGCAGAGGAGAAGGAUCUGUCGGGACCUUAUGAGAGUGACGAAGACAAGAGCGAUUACAACCUGGUAGUGGAUGAGGACCAACCCUCCGAGCCCCCCAGCCCAGCCACGACCCCAUGUGGAAAGGCCCCCGUCUGCAUCCCUGCCCGUCGGGACCUGGUGGACAGUCCAGCCUCCUUGGCCUCCAGCCUUGGCUCACCUCUCCCCAGAGCCAAGGAGCUCGUCCUGAAUGAUCUUCCUGCUAGCACCCCUGCCUCCAAGUCCUGCGACUCCUCCCCGCCCGAGGACGCGUCUACCCCUGGGCCCAGCUCAGCCAGUCACCUCCGCCAGCUCGCAGCCAAGCCAGCGCCUUCCACAGACAGUAUUGCCUUGAGGAGUCCCUUGACCCUGUCCAGUUCCUUUACCACGUCCUUCAGCCUGGGCUCACACAGCGCCCUUAAUGGGGACCUCUCUGUGCCCAGCUCCUACGUUAGCCUCCACCUGUCCCCCCAGGUCAGCGGCUCUGUGGUGUAUGGACGCUCCCCCAUGAUGGCAUUUGAGUCUCAUCCACAUCUCCGAGGGUCGUCCAUCUCUUCUUCCCUGCCCACCAUCCCUGGAGGAAAGCCGGCCUAUUCCUUCCACGUGUCUGCGGACGGGCAGAUGCAGCCCGUGCCCUUUCCGUCCGACGCGCUGGUGGGCGCAGGCAUCCCGCGGCACGCGCGGCAGCUGCACACGCUGGCGCACGGCGAGGUGGUGUGCGCGGUCACCAUCAGCGGUUCCACGCAGCACGUGUACACGGGCGGCAAGGGCUGCGUGAAGGUGUGGGACGUGGGCCAGCCCGGUGCCAAGACGCCAGUGGCCCAGCUCGACUGCUUGAACCGGGACAAUUACAUCCGUUCCUGCAAGCUGCUGCCUGACGGCCGGAGUCUGAUCGUGGGCGGUGAAGCCAGCACCUUGUCCAUCUGGGACCUGGCGGCGCCCACCCCUCGCAUCAAGGCGGAGCUGACCUCCUCGGCGCCCGCCUGCUACGCCCUGGCUGUCAGCCCCGACGCCAAGGUCUGCUUUUCCUGCUGCAGCGAUGGCAACAUCGUGGUCUGGGACCUACAGAACCAGACCAUGGUCAGGCAGUUCCAGGGCCACACGGAUGGGGCCAGCUGCAUCGACAUUUCUGAUUAUGGCACUCGGCUCUGGACAGGGGGCCUGGACAACACCGUGCGCUGCUGGGACCUGCGGGAGGGCCGCCAGCUGCAGCAGCAUGACUUCAGCUCCCAGAUUUUUUCCCUGGGCCACUGCCCCAACCAGGACUGGCUGGCUGUUGGCAUGGAGAGCAGCAACGUGGAGAUCCUGCAUGUCCGGAAGCCCGAGAAAUACCAGCUGCACCUUCACGAGAGCUGCGUGCUGUCCCUCAAAUUCGCCUCCUGCGGGCGGUGGUUCGUGAGCACAGGGAAGGACAACCUGCUGAACGCCUGGAGGACGCCAUAUGGAGCCAGCAUUUUCCAGUCCAAGGAGUCAUCCUCUGUCCUGAGCUGUGACAUCUCCGGGAAUAACAAGUACAUUGUGACGGGCUCGGGGGACAAGAAGGCCACUGUGUACGAGGUGGUCUACUGAGACCCCCUCUUCCUGCACCCUUGGCCCAACUCCUGGUGGAGAGGCAUCCAGGACUUUCUCUCCUGUCCUACUGUGAGCCCCACAUCUCAUCUGCUCUCUGGCUGACCCCCUGGCAUCCUCCUCCACUGGAUGUGGGGCCAGAUGUGCAGGGGGACUUUGGGGAAAUAAAUGUAUUUAUCACAA